CGUAACUGUAGGAUUUUACUUCUUAAGGAAUGUGGAUGUCCUACUCUACAGCUUUGUUACUAUUUCGUACACGCAUGAUAGACACGUUGGCUUUUAUGUUCUAGUAUAGACAUAUCAUUUAAAAAAAAAUAAUAUAUAUGCUUGUACAAGUGUAGUUUUAAUGUGAACACUAAGUAAACUUAGUCAUAUAUAUAUAUAACGAAAUAAUAUUCCUUACAAACCAUAUUUUACUUCUUUGAAAACAGACAAGGAAUAUAUAUAUAUAUAUGUAAAAAUGAGAAUUGUUCAGUUAAGAAGACAUCGUUUAUUUAAUAUUGUAAUUGGUGGAAUAUUGGUUUUAAUUAUUUUUUAUAUGAUUGUUUCUUUCUUCUCUGAUAAUCAAGUACAUAAUAUAAAAGUAUAUUGGUCAGAACAACUAUCAAGAAAACAGGCUCCAGAACUGGUAGAAGAUUUAGGUAAUUUUGAACCAAGAAAUAUACAAUCAAAAACAGGUCCUGGAGAAGCUGGCAAAGCACAUGUUUUAAGGGAUGAUCAACAAAAUGAUGUUCAACAAUCCGAAUCUGAUUAUGGUAUGAAUAUGAUAUGCUCAGAUGAAAUUUCCUUAGAUAGAUCAAUUCCUGACACUAGACCAUCCGAAUGCAAACAUUGGAAUUAUCCAACGGAUUUACCUAGAACAAGCGUUAUUAUAGUAUUUCAUAAUGAAGGUUGGUCUGUAUUAAUGAGAACUGUACAUAGUGUAAUAAAUAGAACACCAUCGAAAUUCUUAGAAGAAAUCCUUCUUGUUGAUGAUUAUUCUGACAAAGAAAAUUUAAAGGGUGACUUAGAAUCUUAUAUUGAACAAUGGGGAGGAAAAGUCAGAUUACUAAGAAAUUAUGAAAGGCAAGGUUUGAUAAGGACAAGAUCAAGAGGUGCACGAGAAGCCAAAGGCGAAGUAAUUGUCUUUUUGGAUGCUCAUUGUGAAGUGAAUGUAAAUUGGUUGCCACCGCUUUUAGCUCCAAUUGCAAUGAAUAGCAAUGUAAUGACAGUUCCUGUGAUCGAUGGUAUCGAUCAUAAAACCUUUGCAUAUCGACCUGUGUACCAAGCUGGACACUUAUAUAGAGGAAUUUUUGAAUGGGGUAUGUUAUACAAAGAAAAUGAACUUCCUAGAAGAGAAGCUAAAACUCGACCACAUGACAGCAUGCCUUAUAAAUCUCCUACUCAUGCUGGUGGUCUAUUUGCAAUGAAUCGUCAAUACUUUUUAUCAUUGGGUGGAUACGAUGAAGGAUUACUUGUUUGGGGUGGAGAAAAUUUUGAAUUGUCUUUUAAAAUUUGGCAAUGUGGCGGAAGUAUUCUAUGGGUGCCUUGCUCGCAUGUUGGACACGUAUAUAGAGGUUUUAUGCCGUAUACAUUUGGCAAACUCGCACAGAAGAAAAAAGGACCAUUGAUUACUAUUAACUAUAAAAGGGUCAUUGAAACUUGGUUUGAUGAAAAACACAAAGAAUUCUUUUAUACGAGAGAACCACUCGCAAGAUUACUUGAUCAUGGUGAUAUAACUGAACAAUUACUUUUUAAAGAAAGAAAGAAGUGUAAAAGCUUCCAAUGGUACAUGGACAACGUAGCUUAUGAUGUUCUAGACAAAUUUCCUGAAUUACCACCGAAUAUACAUUGGGGAGAGUUGAGAAAUGGAGCAACUGGAGCAUGUUUGGAUACUAUGGGACAUGCCCCUCCAAGUUUAAUGGCCACUGCAUAUUGUCAUAGUUAUGGAAAUAAUCAACUUAUUAGGUUGAAUUCGAAAGGUCAACUUGGUGUCGGUGAACGUUGUAUCGAAGCUGACGGACAUGGAGUAAAAUUAGCGUUUUGCCGUUUGGGUACUGUUGAUGGACCCUGGCAAUAUGAUGAAAAAACUAAAACGAUAUUACAUCGGGUUCAUAAAAAAUGUAUGGCUCUUCAUCCGCAAACUCAACAGUUAUCAUUAAUGCCCUGUGAUGUGAAUAAUACGUAUCAACAAUGGUCCUUCCAUGAGAUUAAUCCACGUUGGUGAACGAAUCAACGUUACAAAUAUAUUUCAAUAAUAUGAAUUUUUGUUCAUGAAAAAUUUUACACGAAUCUUACUUGGCCUGCUAGAUAAAUCGAAACGUUGCGAUUACUUGCGAAUUAAUUGUCAAAUUAAUUAAACGAUAUAUAAUUCUAUAAGGAAAAAUUCUUUGUGAAAUACUUUUUUAUAAUUCACAAAGUUGCACAGACUAUAAAAUGCUAUGCUAAGAGACAACAGACAAUAAGGUGCUGUAAAGUUCAGUCUUCUAUUUUUAGUAGUUAAAAUUUCUUCAAGUUUUUUACAAAUGGACAAAUAAGAAAAUGAAACUUUAUAAAUCUGUACAAUUCGAUAUUCUUAUUUUACAUUUUUGUCCAUUUUAAAAAGACUAGAUUACUUAAAUGAGACUGCUCUUUAUAAGUAUAGAUUCUCGGCAAUUGUUCCUUCUUAUGAUGGCGAUUUUAUCUUCUUAAUGAACAUUCUAUUACGAAAACAAUCUUUAUACGAAUAUAACUAAUCAUUUACGAUACUAUAUUAAAUAUGUUUUUAUUUAAUUAAUAAUUAUGAAAAAAAUUAUAGUAAAAGUAAAAUGAAAUGCUAUUUUCGUAUUGCCAAACAGUAUAAAUCUUCCUAUAUUUAUCUAUAUUAAGAUUAAUUUUCUUCAAAAUUUAUAUAUUUCAUUAUGUAAGACAAUACAGAGAAAAGAGAGAGAAUGAGAAAGAAUGCUUCCUCUCUCUUUUAAUCAUCUUUACAUCAUUAAAUUAUUUAAAUUUUUCUAUCGCUUUGUAGUGUCAUUUAUUGUAGUCAGUAAACAAAUGAGAUAUUUGUUUAUAUAAAAUGCAGAGAUAACACGUGAUGAUAAAUUAAUUUUGAAUUUAGAUACAUAUGUAAACAUAAAGCUCUAAAUUGAUGUACAAUUUAAUUGAUAAUUAUUGUACCUUUUGUAAGUUGCAAGAAUGUUGACAACAUUUUCAUUGAUAAAAAUGUUAUCAUCAUUUGAUCGGAAUAAUUUAUUUUUUUAUAACUAUAUGCACACUCGCGAUCAAUAUAAUUUUUGUACUUUGUGAUAUUAAAUGUGCAAUCGUAUAUACAUGAAAAAUUUUGUUACUGACGUGACUUUCACUAAUAUAAUAAUUUUUUGAUAUAUCUAUUACAGUAUCUUAUUCAACUUUAAUCACAGGCAUAAUAAAUCUUUCUGAUUCGAUAAUUAUAAAUACACAUUCCAAUCAUAGUAUUUAAAACAUUGUUAAUGUCUCUAUGUGACACUAAAGAAAAGUUAUUAAGACAAAAUACGAAGAACAGUUUUAACAUCACUAAUUGUACAUUUAAAAUAUGAAUUCCAACAUUCCUCGUUAAAAUCGAUAACGUUUAUGAUAUUGCAGUGAAUCGCAUAAAGUUAUAUUAAAUAUUACUUUUAAUCUGAGUAAGAAAAAAUUAAAAUAUCAUUUGUGAGUAAAUUUUUUCCAUUAUCUAUAUUCUUUAUUUGUACUUAACACUAUAUAUAAAGCUUAUCGUUAGUUUUAUAAAUCAAGCUUAAAUUAUACUUGAAAGAUCAAUAAUUGUUGUGAUCACAUAUGAUGCAAAACACAUGCAGCUAACUUAUUAUUAUUUUUUAAUAUCAU